AUGGCGGACCCAACCUCAGAUCCCGCUCUUCUGUUCUCUACACCUCCGCGAGGUGGCGCUUCACCGUCUGUGGACCACCCACCCACUACCCCAGAACCCACUUCUGACAAGGAUACGACGCGUCGCGUACCCCCUCCGCGAUCUUUCUACGUCGAGAUACAACCGCUGCCCAAAAAACUGAAGGCGUUAUACAAACCCGCUCCCAAGCACCUCAUUGAUGAAGGAGUUCCAGUCCAACGGGAAUGGAUUGACUCCAUAGUGGGCGAGUACACCGAAAGAGGGACUCGCUUUUAUUACGCGCGCUUCGUCGACGGGGAGGCACAUAGAUUCACUGAGCAUGCGUUCGAGAGACACUUUCCAGAUGUCGUAAGGCAAUAUGAGGAGAGGAAAGCUUGUAAAGAACUCGAGCCAUUCGAUCCUUCGAGUUCCGAUGUCCAUCCAGCCUCUCGAAUGCAUAUCAGCCUCAAGAUAUCCAAGUCCUCAUUCAAGACUAGGACAUAUGUCGGGAGCACAUCUGAUUCGGAUCCCCUAUCUACCCUCACAGAAAGUGAUGCCUUCGACGAUGAUAGCGACGCUAGCUUCUCGGGUAGUCAUGUGCGGCGUAAGAGUACAAGGGCGACCACGAACCGACGGAACCAGACUACACUGCCGUGGAGUCCUAGGAAAAGGCGACCAGGCUUGCGCACAGUCGCACGGUCUAGCUCAGAGGAUGAACUGGCAGGCUAUGACAUUGAUGACAAGCGCACGGCUACUCGGAAGUCUGGACGAGCUCGGCGCAGUGUACGCGAUAACCUGGCUGACGACUACGUCGACAGCUACAUCCCAUCGGAUAGCGACGAGGACAUGUAUGAGUCGCAGAGCAGGAGGAAACCAUCUCGGCCGAAGAAAGCUCGACGUCUUGCUCACCCCCAGUAUGGUCAUUUCCGAUCAAUCGAGGAGCUCGACUGGGAUUUUGACCCAGAUGAAGACACUGCUCCGUUGCGCGCCCAUCGUGAUGUCUGUGAACGGUGCGAGGAACGUUCGGCGCAUAUCCUUCAACAAUCACUUCGCGGCAAAAAGGGCAAGAAGAAAGCCAGAAAGUCUAGGAACGGCGCGGAAGACGAUUUCGAGGAAGACGAGGAAGAAAAGAUACAAAGACUGGCUGGCUGGGUUCGAUGCCUCAAGUGCCCUGUUGCAGCCCAUUGGGGCUGUCUCGCAAAGAAUCAGCGUGACGAGAUUCUGAAAGCGGCCCGCAAACGAGACGAAGAAGAAUUUGCGAACGCAGUCAAAGAGAAUCCCAAUAACCCCCCAGAAGAUACUCCCUUGCGCCUUGAGCUCGAAAUCUCAGAGACAACUGACUUCAUAUGCGGGUCAUGCUCUAAAGGUGGCACCUGUAUGGGUUGCCAUGAAAUCGCACUCAAACCCGAAUUGCCUGCGAAGGAGCCUGUGGGUGUGGUUACUACGGAGAAGAGAACCAGCGAAGAUGUAACAAUGGCUGAUGGAACUGGGGCAAUCUCCGAAACUCUGAAUGACAACAUUACAAGCAAAGAACAUCAUCCCAACGAGUUGCUCUACAGAUGCUUUUUGUGCAAACGCAUCGCUCAUUACGGACACCUGCCUGUUCCCGACCACCUCAAGCCUGAUGGAGAUGACCCGGUGGAUGUCGUUGAGGUCGCACGCUAUUACCAGGCCACAACUGGGUGGUGUUGUAACGACUGCGCAUCGUUUGAGUUCGAAGUCGACAAAAUCUUGGCUUGGCGCCCCUACCCAUCCACUGCCACCGAAUCUUCCCGUCCUGCAAACGAACCAGCCAGUUACAAGAGUAUGCUUCCACGCGAGUACCUCGUCAAGUGGGCUGAACGCAGUUACAAGCGGGCCCAAUGGGUCCCUCACAUGUGGCUCCUUGCUAAGGCUGCUUCGAAACUCAGGAUCUUCUUCCAGCAUGGGACCAAGGUCCCAUUACUACCCGAGCCUGUGUCAGAGGACCGAGGAAGCGAGCUGGUCAAUGAACCAAGUACAUUCGAGGUGGGAGUUGAUGACGAGGCACCAGAGAAGAUAUCUCUUGAAUCUUUCCUGGGACCAUUGCCUGACGCAGAGAAGCGGAUUCCACCAGCUUGGAAGCGCGUCGAUCGCGUGUUGGACGUCCGUUUUUGGAGCCCAGGGCACCCGUCGUCUCACAACGGGAAGAAGCGAAAGCAAAGGGGAUCGCGCAAGGUGGCGUCAAGCGAAGAUGAAGCGAGUGACGCUGAGGCGAACCUUGAUCCUGAACUCCUUGCAAUGAAAGAGAGCGCCUACAAUAAUGGGGAACAGCCUGAUGGGGAAGUUCUUGAAGAACUUGACGAAUUCCUGAAACGAACUGGACAAAAACUAGGCCAAGUCCAAGCAGAUCAAGUCAUCUGGGCCUUCGUCAAAUGGGACGACCUAGGCUACGAUGAAGCAUCAUGGGACGCUCCUCCCCGAGUCGGGGAGUCGGGCUAUGAGCAUUUCGAGGCAGCUUUCAAGGGCUUCGUCGCGUCUCAGUCUGUCAUUAUCAAGAGCAAGAAGGCGGAAAAGGACUACGACAAACGUCCAAAGGACGGCUUCCGCCGAAAGCAUGCUUUGACGGAGGGUGAACAACCUGACUUGGGACAGAACAACCAGUUGAAGUUGAUGCCAUUCCAGAUCGAAGGGUACAAUUGGCUCUGCAACAACUGGUGGGAACUGCAACCAUGUAUUUUGGCCGAUGAGAUGGGACUUGGAAAGACGGUUCAGAUUGUCACGUUCCUUGGGACUAUCAUCGGAAAGUGGCACGCGUCGCCCGCCCUUGUCGUUGUCCCUAACUCAACUAUCACUAAUUGGGUUCGAGAGUUCAGCCGUUGGGCGCCUCACCUGAGGGUCGUGCCAUUUUAUGGCGAAGCCAAGUCGCGAGAGAUCAUCCUCAAGUAUGAGAUGUUCCACGAUACCGUCCCGAAAGGAGCGACGAAGGCCAAAUACCAUGUUCUGGUAACCACUUACGAGACGCUCACCAACCCACGGGACUUCACCACUGUCUUCAAAAAUACACCGAGAUGGGAAUGUCUGGUGGUCGAUGAGGGUCAACGUCUCAAGAGUGAUGCAAGCCUGUUGUUUAAGAAAUUGAAUGAGCUCAACACCAUACAUCGGAUCAUCAUGACUGGGACGCCACUGAACAACAACAUCCGAGAGUUAUUCAACCUGAUGAACUUCCUCGAUCCUGAAAACUGGAACAAUCUCAAAGCGCUUGAACAAGAGUACGAGGAUCUGAACGAGGAGCGAGUGAGAGAGCUUCACACCAAGUUGCGUCCGUACUUCUUGCGUCGCAUCAAGAGCGAGGUGCUGCAACUGCCACCCAAGAAUGAGGUUAUCGUUCCUGUCUCAAUGGCGCCCCUGCAGAAGGAGAUCUAUCGGUCCGUUCUGAGCCAGAAUUUAACCAUCCUCAAGCACUUAUCCCAGGCCUCUUUAGGAGGGAAAUCGAACGCGCGGACGAAAACCAACAUGAACAAUAUCCUCAUGCAGCUUCGCAAAUGUCUCCAGCAUCCUUACUUGGUCUCUGAAGAUCUGGAACCUCGCAACCUCUCGCCAAUAGAAGCUCAUGAGAAGCUGAUCGAUGCAAGUGCCAAACUCCGGUUGCUGAAGAUGUUGCUUCCUAAGCUAAAGGCUAGAGGUCACCGAGUAUUACUCUUCAGUCAGUUCGUCAUGGCGCUCGACAUCAUUGAGGACUUCUUGCAAGGAGAGGGUUACAAAUUCCUCCGGCUGGAUGGGAACCAGAAACAAGCCGAUAGGCAGAAGGGAAUGGACGAGUUCAAUAAACCAGGGUCUGAUAUCUUCAUCUACAUGCUCUCGACGAGAGCUGGCGGUGUAGGUAUCAACUUGUUUACUGCUGAUACUGUCAUUAUCUUCGACCCGGACUUCAAUCCACAUCAGGACCUUCAAGCCAUUGCAAGAUCCCAUCGUUAUGGUCAACAAAAGACGUGCCUGGUCUUCAAGCUCAUGGUCAAGCAAUCAGCUGAAGAGCGCAUCAUGCAGAAUGGGAAGAAGAAACUCGUCUUGGACCAUCUGAUUGUUCAGAAGAUGGACGACGAAGAAAAUGGCGGCGACGACAUGCAAUCCAUCUUGACAUUCGGUGCCAAAGCCAUCUUCGAGGAGGAAUCCAUGCGUGAUAUUACAUACUCAGACCAGGAUCUUGACAAAUUGAUCGAAAGGACGGAACAUGAAGGCGGAGAGCAGGAGCCAACCGCGCAGAAUAACCUCUCGUUCGCCUUUGCUAAAGUCUGGUCAGCCAACAACGACGAGCUGGAGGACAUUGGUGACGACGCGCCUGAUCACGAGCAGGGUGACUCUUGGGCGCAAGCCCUCGAGCGCAUCGCUGCAGCAGAGAAUGUCAUACAGAAGGAAGCCACUGGACGAGGCGUGCGCCGCCGGGCAGCUGCGACUAGUCAAAAGGUGCAAGUGUUGGAUGGCAUCGAAGGCUUAGAAGACACUCCAAGGAAGGGAGAUAAAACGAAGAAGAAAAAGAAGUACAUGGGCAAAUCAGGAGACUCUUCAGACGACGACGACGCAUAUAUAGGUCGGGGCGUGGCAUCGUCGCCUAACAGCGGUGAUGACUCGGAUGCUUCUAUGGGUGAAUUAGAGGAAGUACGGAAUCUGGUAUUGGAUGACCAGCCCCCGAAUGCGAAGUCGACGUCGAAGAAGAAAACGAAGCACCGGGGCUUCCGUUCUGACAGCGAGUUGUCUGUAUGUGGUCUCUGUGGUCAAACACACCCAGAUGAAGGGUGCUAUAUGACUGAAAGCUCACAAAACCUGGCCGAGUACCGAGCCUUGCUGCUCAAUAAUACCGACCAUGAAUCGUGGGAUGAGCGGAAAGUGGCUAUUGAAAUGAUUGACUUCACUUUGCUUGAACGCGGGGAUCAAGGGCUUGUUGCUGGGCAACCGCUGCAUCUCCUCAAGCCAAACCAACCAAUUAAUCCACCUACCCGGCACACAGGCACGGCACCUCUCAAGAGCAUACCUGCGCAGAACACAAGUACAGCACCUCCCAAGAAUCCACCUGCGCAAAAUACGAGCACAGCACCUCCAGUCAAGAAGCCUUUGAAACAGAGCGUACUUCCGAACGCUCACCCCAAGGCAACGAAGCCAGGAGGUGGUCCAGCACCCCCGCAGAUCAACAAGACUUACAACUGGAUGAACGUUCCUUUGCCUAUGAACUCACAGAGCUCCCACCAACCAAACCUGUACCCACAAAACCCAUACCCCCAGAACCCUUACCCUCAGAUGACCUCAGUUGCGUCUUCUUCCACACAACCUCAGAUACGAGGAAAUGAGGCCGCGCCCAGGAAAGGGCAUGUCGGAGGGCAUACCUCAGCUUUUCGUAUGUAUGAACCCGCGCCCGCGAGCAAGAAAGGGAAGGAGGUUGCAAGAGACAGGUGGCGGGCCGCCCCGCAGCCUCAGCCUCAGCCUCAGCCUCAGCCUCAGCCCCAGCCUCAGCCCCAGCCCCAGCCACACCAUGUACCUGCCAACCCAUCCGCCUACCCCUCCAAACGGCGAAUGUCGCCUCCUCCGGCGGACGCCAACAACUCCAAGAGGGCAAGGCAGUCUGAAAUUCCGAACGUAUGCCCGGUGUGUUCGGGAAAAUACCACCUCAUCCUAGACUGCCCUGUGGUUGCAGCGGGACCUGCGAGUAUCGCCCACGCAAUUGCUAGGCUGGAACAGGAUCCUUCGCAAGCAUUCAGAGUCGAAAUCCUCCGGAAGUCACUCCACCAACAGAAGAGGAGAGAGAUUGGUUCAAUGGAACCUCCUGGGCCCUCGAACAUGCCUCAGCACCCUGGGAUGCAUAUGCGUAUGCCGUGAGAUGGAGGUUUGGCCUACGAUAGACUUGCACCACUAAAUUGGUGUACUUUGUUAUUUAUUGUUUGAUAGUACGAUCUACCUAGUGUAUCCUAGACGAUCAGCGUUGCUUGUUGCUGAGUAGUAGUAGAGCAUCGCAGGUAAUUACCAUAGUAAUUCUAGUAGUGAAUUUACC